AUGGCGGCCAUGGCGGCGCUGCCCCCGGGGCCGCUGUCGCCGCCUGGCGGGGGCGCGGCGGACGCGGCGGGGCCUGAGGGCGCCGAGGGCCUGUUCGUGCUGCUGGGCGCGGGGCUCGCCGCCGCCAGCCAUCCCCUGCUCUACGUGAAGCUGCUCGUGCAGGUUGGCCAUGAGCCACUACCUCCAACCAUUGGCAGAAAUGUGCUGGGAAGGAAGGUCCUGUACCUGCCUGGCUUCUUCACCUACGCCAGACACAUCGUGGAAGUGGAUGGGAAGAGAGGCCUCUUCCGUGGCCUGACCCCUCGCCUCAUCUCGAGCACGUUAUCAACCAUCACCAGGGGCAGUGUGAAGAAGGCUUUUCCACUGGAAGACAUGGAGCAUGUGUCUAACCAGGAUGAUGUGAAAACUUCACUUAGGAAAGUGGUCAGAGAGACAUCCCACGAGAUGAUGAUGCAGUGUGUGUCCCGGGUGGUGUCACACCCCCUGCACGUGAUCUCCAUGCGCUGCAUGGUCCAGUUUGUGGGCCGGGAAGUCAAAUACAGCGGUGUGUUCAGUGCCAUUGGCAGGAUAUUUAAGGAAGAAGGGAUCCUGGGAUUCUUUGUUGGCUUAGUCCCUCACGUCCUGGGGGAUGUCAUCUUCCUCUGGUGCUGCAACCUCCUGGCUCACUUCAUCAACACCUACGCUGUGGAUGACAACUUCAGCCAGGCCUCGGUGAUCCGGAGCUACACCAAGUUCGUGAUGGGGAUCGCUGUGAGCAUGCUGACCUACCCGUUCCUUCUCGUGGGAGAUCUCAUGGCAGUGAACAACUGUGGGUUGCGCGCCGGCCUCCCUCCCUACGCUCCUGCCUUUGCAUCCUGGAUCCACUGCUGGAGGUACCUCAGUGCUCAGGGGCAGCUGUUCCGUGGCUCCAGCCUCCUGUUCCGCAGGGCGCCCAUCCCAGCCUCCUUCCCCAUGGACUGACGCCUCAGCAGGGACAGCUCAUCAACCUGGACUCCUCAAGAAACCCCAAGCUUGUUUCGAUAUCUGUAUACUUCUAUUUUCUGAUCCAAAGUCCAUGGUGCCAGAACUGACACCUCCUCUCCAGCAAGGCCAGGAACAGACUUCUGGACAUCUGGCUCAGGCUCCAGCUGCACCAAAGCUCCAUCCUCGUGGCUGUCUCGACUGGGAUGUAUAGCAGAGAGAGCAGAAAGCCGUUGUCUCUUUGGUCCAGGCUGUAGCUCUGGAGUUGCUGGGGAAGUCCAGGAAUCCAGAAAAUGCCCAGGUACUAAAGGAGCCAGCCAUGAGCUGCAGGGACAAAAGACUGCUUUGUUCUGCCUGAGCUGAAAAGCAGCAGGAGAUCCAAGGUCACCUCCCUGGGAAGGUUAUGCCAGGUGACAGCUCCUGCCUCAUCCUUUCUGGAGAGAGCACCUUGGCCUGGCAGGGUAGCUCAUGCUGGGCAAGAUCAACCUGGCAUCCAUAUUUAAGAUUUGAGGGUACCUGAUCACCCAGGAACAUCCCAUCUCCCACGGGGGUGAAAAGGAAAUGAUAGGAUCAAAAUAGGGAAGGGAAACAGAGUCCCACUGCAAAGAACAGCAGAGUCCCAAAGAGACAGGUCCAGCCCAGCUCAGGGCAGCAAUGGGAUGUGGACAUGGAGAGCCCUUGGGAAGGGACAUGUGCUGCCAGUGGUGCUGCUUUGGGCAGGAUUUCACUCAUGGAAUGGGCUGUGUUCAGGAUACAGGCAACAGAGCUAUGGGCAGGGCAGGCAGCCUGCACACAGGAUACACUCAUGGAAUGGGCUGUGCUCAGGAUACAGCCAGCAGAGCUGUGGGCAGGCAGCCUGCACACAGGAUACACUCAUGGAAUGGCUGUGUUUAGGUACAGCAGAGCUGUGGGCAGGGCAGGCAGCCUGCACACAGGAUACACUCAUGGAAUGGGCUGUGUUUAGGUACACCCAGCAGAGCUAUGGGCAGGGCAGGCAGCCUGCACACAGGAUACACUGAUGGAAUGGGCUGUGUUCAGGUACAGCAGAGCUGUGGGCAGGCAGCCUGCACACAGGAUACACUCAUGGAAUGGGCUGUGUUUAGGUACACCCAGCAGAGCUAUGGGCAGGGCAGGCAGCCUGCACACAGGAUACACUCAUGGAAUGGGCUGUGUUCAGGUACACCCAGCAGAGCUGAGGGCAGGCAGCCUGCACACAGGAUACACUCAUGGAAUGGGCUGUGUUCAGGAUACACCCAGCAGAGCUGUGGGCAGGCAGCCUGCACACAGGAUACACUCAUGGAAUGGGCUGUGUUCAGGAUACACCCAGCAGAGCUGUGGGCAGGCAGCCUGCACACAGGAUACACUGAUGGAAUGGGCUGUGUUCAGGUACAGCCAGCAGAGCUGUGGGCAGGGCAGGCAGCCUGCACACAGGAUACACUCAUGGAAUGGGCUGUGUUCAGGUACAGCCAGCAGAGCUGAGGGCAGGGCAGGCAGCCUGCACACACUCUGGGGGAGGUGGGUGCUGUGUUGGACUGGCCUGGCUGCACCCAGGGCCAUCUCCCAGCCAGCAGCACCACGAGCCCUGCUGGGCUCCUGUUCCUGAUGGAAAGGGAGUGCUGGGAUCUGAGAGCUGCACACAAAGGGCUCUCCUGCAGCAGGGGCAGCAAUCCAGGGCUGUCUGCAAUGAAGGGAUACACCUUGAGCUGGCCAGAGGCUGCUGAGGCAUCAGAAUUGAAGGCUCCUGGUCUCAGUGGAGCAUGGCUGGCUCUGUGUGUAGCAGAGCUCACCAGUGGCACCAGGGCAGGACUGAUGCUCAGCUCCCCAGACGAGGUUUUUUGCACCAGUCUGUGCUGUGAUGGCAGCCAGGCAGAAUUCCCCCAUUUCAGUUCCCCACGAAGCAGUCUUUUGCACAGAGGUGAUGCUGCACUCCCUGGGAAGAGGGUUAGCAUUCCUUGAGAGGGUUCCCAUGUGCUGCAGCAGCAGCAGCUGUGGUCACAUCUCAUCCUGGGCCUCUGGGGACCUGCCACCACAGGGGGCUUUUCUCCAGCAGGCAGGGUCGAUGCACACCCCAGGCAGGGCUUGCAGGACAGUGCUGGUGUGUGCUGGGCUUGCAGGACAAUGCUGGUGUGUGCUGGGAGUGGCAGCCCCCACCCAGCUCCCUUCAGUGUCAUGAAGUCAGUCCUGUCUGUCCUCCCUCGCUCCCAGUUUGUGUUACAGUUAAAUAAUGCAUGGACCUGUUCCCUAACACCAGAGAUGAUUUCAAAGAGGAUUUAAUUAUGCUCUAAAAUACAGUUAUAAAACAA